AUGAGCAUGCGCACGAGAAGGCAAAAGGCUGGGCCCGAAGCUACGAGGGGACCGUCACCGCACGACGGGGGGAGUGAAGAUUCCCUGGCGGUCGCCAAUGGUUCCCUGUGCAAGAAUACACCCUCCCCCAGGCGGAGACGAUCCUGCACCCCCACCGCACCUGUGGAGAAUGAGGAAAAAGAAAAUAUAUUCCUCUUCUACCCUAAUCUAAUCGGCUACUUCCGGGUCUUCCUGGCAAUCGCAUCUCUCUACUACAUGCCCCUGCACCCGCGCACCUGCUCGCUCCUAUACAGCGUAUCAUGUUUCCUCGACGCCCUCGAUGGCGUGGCAGCCCGCCACUUCAAUCAGUCCACUACGUUCGGUGCUGUGCUGGACAUGGUCACGGACCGCUGCACCACAGCUUGUCUGCUGGUCUUCCUGAGCUCCGCCUGGCCGCGAUGGGCGAUCCUGUUCCAGGGCCUUAUCAGUCUGGACCUGGCGAGUCAUUACAUGCACAUGUAUGCGACUCUGACGAUGGGCGGUUCGGGACAGAGUCAUAAGAAGGUUGAUUCUAGCAGGAGCUGGAUCUUGCAUCAGUACUAUCACAACAAGACCGUCCUCUUCCUCUUCUGCAUGUUCAACGAACUUUUCUUCAUCGGCCUAUAUCUCCUCUCCUUCUCCUCCCCUACCCUCUCCCCCUCCCUCCUCCAACCCGCCCUAGGUGCCGACGGCCUGCCAAUCUCCUCAUCUGCUCAACCAGGCUCACCGGCCCUAGCCCCGCUGUCCACCCUCUUCGCCAGCCCUUGGAGUGCCGGAGCCCUCGAGCUCGCCCGUGCAAACAAGAUGGACAGCUUCUGGCCGUGGGUUCUCACGGGUAUCUCCGCGCCUGUCAUGGCGGGAAAGCAGUUUAUUAAUGUUGUGCAGAUGGUUAAAGCGAGUAAGUGGCUGGCUGAAGGGGAUAUGUUGAGGAGGAGGCAGAUGGGGAUAGCGGGGGCGGGGAGCAAGGAGCGGUGA